AUGGCUUUUGGAUCCUCCGAACGCGCAGAAGAGCGACGACAUGAAGCUCAAGACGCUUCAUUCGCUCCCGACACCCACAGGCCAUGGCAUGCCCACUCCAGGGCCUACAUGCUUGCUGCUGUAGGUUUCAUGGGUAUCUUCUUGUUCGGUUACGAUACCGGUCUCGGUGGAGGUGUGAUCGCCCUUCCAUCUUUCGCCAAGGACUUCCAUAUCUCCGGUACCAAAACAUACGUCGCUACUCUGCAAGGUAACAUCGUCGCUAUUCUUCAAGGCGGUGCGUUCUUCGGAGCCAUCUUUGGAGCGCCAUUGGAGGAUUAUCUGGGCAGAAAAUGGUCUUUGAUGGUCGGCUGUUGGAUUUUCAUCCUCGGUGCCAUCUUACAGACUGUCGCCUCAUCUUCUCUCGGCCUUGUGUACGGCGGUAGAUUUACCUCCGGUUUCGGCGUUGGUUUGAUGUCUAUGGUCUGCCCCACAUACGCUUCUGAGAUUGCUCCCAAAGAGAUUCGAGGUCGAAUCACUGGUAUGUUCCAGGUCAUCGUCGUCAUCGGUGUUGCCUUCUCAUACUGGAUCAACUACGGUGUCACAUUCAUGAACGCCAGUCGAGGGGCUAUCCAAUGGCGAAUCCCUAUCGGUUUCCAAUUUGUACCUGUCGGUUUCAUGGUUAUGCUUCUUCCACUCUUGAAAGAGUCCCCUCGAUGGCUCGCCACCAAGCACAAGGAUGAAUUAGCACUCAAGAACCUCGCCUGGAUCCGAAAGCUCCCUGCUUCCGACCCCGCCGUCCAAUUCGAAUUCGCUGAAAUCGUCGCUGCCAUUAGGGAAGAGGAAGCCGCUACCAAAGGUGCCUCAUGGAGAGAGAUCGGGGCCAAGGGUAACCCCAUCCGAUUCAUCAUCGCUUUCACCGUCUUUACAUUGCAACAAUGGUCUGGACAAAACUCUAUUUCUUACUAUGCUCCCACCAUCUUCCAAUCUAUUGGUCUUAAGGGUGCCAAGACUGGUCUUCUCGCUUCAGGUGUAUACGGUAUUGUCAAGAUCGUCGCUACUGGUAUUUUCAUCUUAUUCGGUGUCGAUAGAUUCGGUAGAAAGAAGCCCCUCCUUACUGGUAUCGCCCUUAUGAGUCUUUUCCUCUGGAUUGUCGGUGCCAUCUUCAAUACCCACAUCCCUGAUGCUGCCGCCACAACUGUGCCUCCCGCUUCAAUCGGUAUGGCCGUCUGUAUCUACCUCUUCGUCAUUCCCUACUGUUUCUCCGUCGGACCUCUCCCUUGGGUCAUCUGUUCCGAAAUCUUCAGCAACAGAACCAGACAUUACGGGUUGAUGACUGCUGCUGCCACUCAGUGGGCUUGGAACUUCGGUGUUACCAAAGCAACCCCCCUUAUGGUUAUCAAGAUGCCUAACGGUGGUAUCUUCUUCUUCUUCGCUGCUAUCAACAUCAUCUCAUUCAUCCUCGCCUUCUUCUUCUUACCUGAGACUUCUGGUACUUCCCUCGAAGCUAUGGACAUUAUCUUCGGAUCAGUCACUAAGGAAGAACGAGAAGCCGAGAUCGCUCGACGAGCAGGUGCCAUCGAGAAAGCCUUCGAUGAUGAGGAGAAAGGUGUCUCUUCUCAUGUCGAACAUCACGACAGCAAGGUAUAA